AUGUCUUACGGAGGAAAUUACGACGGUGGUUACACCAACAACUCAUACGGUGGAGGAAACUCCUACGGUGGUGGUAACUCUUACGGUGGAGGUAGAAACCAAGGUGGCUUUGACCGUGGUUACGGUGGCGGAAGAGGUGGAUACGGUGGUAGAGGUGGAUACCAACAAGAAAGAAUUGAAUUGACCACCCCAGACUGGGACUUGGAAAGUUUACCAAAAUUCGAAAAGAACUUCUAUUCUGAACAUCCAGAUGUCCAAAAUAGAUCCGAUAGUGACGUUAAGAAAUUCAGAACUGAACAUCAAAUGACCAUUUUGGGUAACGAUAUCCCUCACCCAAUCACCACCUUUGACGAAGCUGGAUUUCCAGACUACGUUUUAUCUGAGGUUAAAAACCAGGGAUUCCCAAGUCCAACUGCUAUUCAAUGUCAAGGUUGGCCAAUGGCCCUUUCUGGUAGAGAUAUGGUCGGUAUUGCUGCCACUGGUUCUGGUAAGACUUUGUCUUACUGUCUUCCAGCUAUUGUGCAUAUCAAUGCUCAACCAUUAUUGUCUCCAGGUGAUGGUCCAAUUGUCCUCGUCUUGGCUCCAACUAGAGAAUUGGCUGUUCAAAUUCAAUCUGAAUGCUCCAAGUUCGGUAAGUCUUCAAGAAUUAGAAACACUUGUGUCUAUGGUGGUGCUCCAAAGAGUCAACAAAUCAGAGAUCUUGCCAGAGGUAGUGAAAUCGUCAUUGCCACUCCAGGUAGAUUAAUUGAUAUGUUAGAAUCUGGAAAGACCAACUUGAGAAGAGUUACCUACUUGGUGUUAGAUGAAGCUGAUAGAAUGUUGGAUAUGGGUUUUGAACCACAAAUCAGAAAAAUUAUUGAUCAAAUUAGACCUGAUAAGCAAACUUUGAUGUGGUCCGCUACUUGGCCAAAGGAAGUCCAAGCCUUGACCAGAGAUUACUUGAAUGAUCCUAUUCAAGUUACUGUUGGUUCUUUGGAAUUGGCUGCUUCUCACACUAUUACUCAAUUAGUUGAAGUUGUCACUGAAUUUGAAAAGCGUGACAGAUUAGUUAAGCACUUGGAAACUGCUACUUCAGACCCAGAAGCUAAGUGUUUGAUUUUCGCAUCCACUAAGAGAAUGUGUGACGAAAUCACAUCUUACUUGAGAGCUGAUGGAUGGCCUGCAUUAGCCAUUCACGGUGACAAGGCACAAAAUGAAAGAGACUGGGUCUUGAAGGAAUUCAGAUCUGGUAAGAGUCCUAUCAUGGUUGCAACUGAUGUUGCCGCCAGAGGUAUUGAUGUUAAGGGUAUUUCCUUUGUUAUUAACUUAGAUAUGCCAGGUAAUAUCGAAGAUUACGUUCAUCGUAUUGGUAGAACUGGUAGAGCUGGUACUAAGGGUACUGCUGUCUCAUUCUUCACCCAAGAUAACUCCAAGCUUGGUGGAGAUUUAUGUAAGAUCAUGAGAGAAGCUAACCAGACCAUCCCACCUGAAUUACAAGCAUUUGACAGAAGAAGCUUUGGAUCUCACAUUAGAUAUGGUAGAGGUAGAGGUGGUUACGGUGGUAGAGGUGGAAGAGGCGGAAGAGGUGGAAGAGGUGGAAGAGGUGGACGUAACUUUCAAACUGGUUCCAACACUGCUCCUAUGGCUAACCGUCGUUUCUAA